AUGACCUUGAUAGAUGACGAGGUGGCUGAAUUUGAAUGGACACUGUUCAUCAAUGUUUUGUCCAAAGUCCGAACUAUAACUGCAUUGGAGCUUCGAACGCAAGGAGGGCAUCGGUAUACACAGGCGUUGGAACUUUUGAACGCAGCACCGCAGCUUCAAACGCUCAAGUUUGUCCUGAGAGGAAUUUGGUAUCAGGAAAUCCACGCUAAUGAUGAAGUGGCUGAUAUUUUUCUUGAACUAUUGACACGACUAGAGAACAUUCGAGAGUUACUGAUGAUGGUGACAGGUCAUCCUGACACUAUUUCCGAUGCAGUGGAUUACAUGUUGACCAAAGUAGGAGUACCAAGAAGAACACAGAUGAGGGUGACUGUUUACGACUCGACUGAGAGGAAGGCAAUAGCGAAGUGGGAUGGAGUGAUUUUAAGAGAUAAUGGAAUAUUUAACGUUAAGGAGAUUGGUCAGGUAGCCUCUGUACUAAAGAAUAUUGAUACUGACCGAACUAACAUUGUGUGA